GGUGGACUCGGACGGCCGGAACCUCACUAGCUCGCCGCCAGGCCAAACACAAUUCAAAGUAGUGGUAAAAUCCCUUUCACCUAAAGAGUCAGUCCGAAUUUAUGUUCCUAAACCUUUGGACAGGAAUGAUGGAACAUUUUUGGUGAGAUACAGGAUGCACGAGACUGCCCACGCAGGCCUCAAGGUAGAGGUCCUCUAUGGUGGUGAGCACGUGGCUCAGUCUCCCUAUAUUUUGAAAGGACCCGUGUACCACGAGUACUGUGACUGCCCAGAAGAGGAUCCUCAGGCCUGGCAGAAAACUCUGUCCUGUCCAGCCACGGAACCACAGAUCGAGCAAGAUUUUACUUCCUUCCCCAGCAUCGAUCUCCAACAGAUGCUGAAGGAAGUCCCCAAAAGAUUUGGGGAUGAGCGGGGUGCUGUUGUUCACUACACAAUUGUCAAUAACCACAUCCACCGGAGAUCUUUGGGGAAAUACACAGACUUCAAGAUGUUCUCUGAUGAAAUUUUGCUGUCACUGGCAAGAAAGGUCACCCUCCCAGAUUUAGAAUUUUAUAUAAACCUGGGAGAUUGGCCCUUGGAGCAUCGAAAAGUCAAUGACACUCCUGGCCCUAUACCUAUCAUUUCCUGGUGCGGCUCCUUGGAUUCAAGAGACAUUAUCCUUCCAACAUAUGAUGUCACCCAUUCCACACUUGAAGCAAUGAGGGGUGUCACAAAUGAUCUCCUCUCUGUUCAGGGAAAUACAGGGCCUUCCUGGAUCAAUAAAACAGAGAAAGCUUUCUUCCGAGGUAGAGAUAGCCGGGAGGAGAGGCUGCAGUUGGUACAGCUGUCCCAAGAAAAUCCACAGCUGCUAGAUGCAGGAAUUACAGGAUAUUUCUUUUUCCAAGAGAAAGAAAGAGAGCUUGGAAAAGCCAAGUUGAUGGGUUUCUUUGAUUUCUUUAAGUACAAGUACCAGGUAAAUGUGGAUGGAACCGUGGCUGCGUACAGGUAUCCCUAUCUCAUGCUGGGGGACAGCCUGGUUCUGAAGCAGGAUUCCCCGUAUUAUGAACAUUUCUAUGUGGCACUAAGGCCUUGGAAGCACUACGUUCCCAUUAAAAGAAACCUCAGUGAUCUUCUAGAGAAAGUCAAGUGGGCCAAGGAAAAUGAUGAAGAAGCAAAGAAGAUCGCCAAAGAAGGACAGUUAACUGCUAGGGACCUGCUUCAGCCACCCAGACUUUUCUGUUACUAUUACAAAGUACUACAGAAAUACGCUGCGCGCCAGGCCAGCAAGCCCAUGAUACGUGAUGGAAUGGAGCUUGUUCCCCAGCCAGAUGAUGGCACAUCCGUUUGCCAGUGCCACAGGAAGAGGCCGGAGAAGGAAGACCUUUAAGGAGGCCCAGUUUCACACUCCUUUGUAUGCUGGCUACAUCUUUAAGACUUGUGAAGAUGCCAAGCUGUGAAGAAACAGAGGAGCCAGGCCUGGUGGGUCAAGCUCACACCUCUAAUCCCAGCACUCUAGAGGCGAAGCAAGAGGAUUUCUUUAGUACAAAGCCUGCCUGAGAUACAUGGUGAUUUCCUGGUCAGCCCAGACUACCCAGUUGGACCUUAUCAAGAAGCCAAAACAGCCAGGCAGUGGUGGCGUACACCUUUAGUCCCAGCACUCGGGAAGCAGAGGCAGGUAGAUCUCUGUGAGUUUGAGGCCAGCCUGGUCAACAGAGUUAGUUCUGGAACAGCCAGAGCUACACAGAGAAACCCUAUCUGAAAAAAACAAAACAAACACACAAAAAGCCAAAGCAAAAAAGAAAUGCACAGAGAUGCCAAGCAUGUAACCCCACACACAUAAGGCUGAGACAGAAAAAUCAUGAGUUUCAGUAUUACCAAAUACCUUUGGAUAUUCAUUUUAUUUGGGGUGAAAACUGCUCAUUUGAGCAUCAUAGGAGGUAAAAAGACGUAUAGAUCAUCUGGGGAUUUGUGGAUAUCACAUUUACUGAUUUGUUUCUAUCUUUUGUUCACUUACUUUUACAUUCAAUUAUGAAGGGAAAAGUGUUUGGGGGAGGUUUUAUUUUCUCCUCCCUGUGUGGUUUCUCCUCUUGCAAGCUGUUCCUGAUGCUCAGUGAUGGCAGCCUCCUGUUGGAGGAUCCGAUGAUGUUAACUAAGGAGCAGGCUGCUGCUAUUAAAGCUAGCAUAGAGAUAGUGGAGGAACAAACUGCAUCAUUUAAAUCUUUUCAGUUAAGUUUUGCCAGGGCUUAAGACAGAAUUAGGGGAAAUUGUACCUUACACUGGUGAGUCACAACCUGUGUGGGUUGUGUGCUAUUAAAGACAGCAUAGCUAUUAAUGUAGAUGGUGGUAUCCUGUGGGUGUCUUCAUCUAUAUACUAGGAAUAUAAGAAAUUUAACAGUUGUCAAUGUGAGAUCUUUAAUUAUUUUUGUCCUUCCAAAAAAAGUCCUCAAAAACUGCUACACCAGCUCAGGAAGCCUCAGCAUCCUGGGAUUCACUAGUAAGCCCAGGACAGAGGCAGGUUCUCAUUCCUGGAUCCAAAGACCGUCCUCUCAGUGGGUUGCACCAUUAAAAUAAAGGCUUUGGCACUUGUCUCUGCCUUAUAGGGCAGGGUGGAGAUCUAAGUCUCAUACCAUGAAUUCAUGUCUAAUUCCUCAGAGCACUAUCAAUUCAAGAUGCAGUUCAUGACCGAAUGCUCUCUAAAACAAGAACCCCCAGAGUCAAAGUGCUCCCAAACCGGGGCAAUCAUUUGGUCAUAUCUGUUCUCCUGAGGACCAAUAACAACACAGGAGUUUGUAUUUUUAACCAGACCAUAGAAAUGUAUCAUCAAGCCAAAUAUCCCAUCACCUAUUUAAAACCUACCUGUGUAGUGUGAACUAUAGGACAGGCUGUCCUGAGGCCACACCCUGGUGUCCCUGAGUCUGCAUCUGUUGUGCAUAGAGAGGAGGGCUUCAUGGAAAUAGAUUAUGGAAAGAAAGGCUGCCUCCCUCGUUUCUUUCUCUGUAACCCCAGGCCCAGAAAGCAAAGGGUUGUUUGUUAUAGACACAUUAAGUCUUUUAGGUUCAUGUCGUCUGGUGAUGAACAUCCUAACAGUUAAAAGAAGUUGAGACAAAUUAGCCAUUUCUAUUGACUUGUCUGGGCCCCCACGAUCCUCAUUUUGGAGCAUUCCACCUGAGACAGUCUUCGACAUGAACCUGCAGGGAACAUUUCCCAUCCAAACUGUCACAAGUCUAUCAAGAAAUCAAGAUAGUUCCCCCAUUUCCCCAGUUUGAACACAGCCUUUGAAAUGAGUUUUACAUGGCUUUUUGUGUUAUUGGCUUGAAUAUAUCUUCAGAGGCCAUGAAUUGAGAGAGAGUGUAGAGACCACCUAGGAGGGGCUGGAGGGAGGGACAGGAACAAUGAUAUAAAGAGAUUUUUAACUUCAACAAAAAUAUUUUUAAUCUGACUUUUGUUGAAAGGAGAGGGAUAUAAGGCUGUAAAGAUAUAGCUGUGUGGGGCUGGAGAGAUGGCUCAGUGGUUAAGAGCACUAGCUGCUCUCCCAGAAGACGCAGGUUCAGUUCCCAGCAACCACAUGGUGACUCACAACUGUCUGUAACUGCAGUUCCAGGGGAUCUGACACCUUCACACCAAUGCACACAAAAUAAAUAAGUUAAAUAAAAAUUUUAAAAAGAUAUAGCUGUGCUCAUUUGAAUAAGCUGUCACCAAUGCUUGUGGCUUCAGUCACUCUAAGUGGCCAUCACCCAUCAAUAGUGAAUGCAUUGCCUAAAGAGACACUGACAAGUUGGGCAAGCAAGUACACCGCCAACGAGAGGGAAGCAGUUUUAGCCAUGCUGUAAUGAGAGCUUUCUACAAUGUGUUCAGUAAAGACCAAAGGUACAGGACCUAGAAUGUGAAAACAAUUUGCCAAAGAUAGAAAUGAUUGAGUUUGAAGGACAAGCUGCCAGUGUUGGGGAUGGUAUGGGGAGAAGGGAAUUUUUUGCUUUAUACCUUUUUAUAAUAUUUAAAUUGUUUUUAAACUAUGGAUAUAAAUCAAGUUGUAAACUAAAAAUGUCAACAUGGCCAAAGAUUAAAUGCACAGAGGACAUAAGAAGGAAAAGAAAAUGAUACUCCUGUUUUCCAUGAUACCAUCUUAAAAACCUAUGUCUGGGAUUUUAUCAUGGGGUUUUAUUAUAUACUCUUUAAAUAAAGAAAAUUUUCUUAAUAAAAAUUGGAAACCAUG